AUGAGUACGGAUUCGGCUAUAUCUGAAGAAAAGUCUGCUGGCAACCACAAUGAUAACGGAUUGUUUGAAAACACAAGCUCGUCGUCGAGUCUAAAUAAACCAAGAACCACCAAAGAGGCCUCGGAGUUGGAGUCCAUGAAUGAUGAGGCCGAGAGGGCAGAUGGCGAGCACGGAAACAUCUUGGCCCAGUAUACCGAGAAACAGGUGAUGCAAAUGGGCAGAAACUAUGCACUCAAGCACGAUCUUGAUCCUGAGUUGUUUUCCAAGGCUGCCGCGCUAGCUAGAGCGCCAGGCGCAUUCAACUCAAUGCCCUUUUUAACCGAAGAGGAGAAAAUGGGGUUGUACCAGGAAGCUACAAAGAAGUUCCACGUGCCCAAAAAACUCGUUGCCGUUGUUGCCCUCGGCUCCAUGGCGGCGAUUGUGCAAGGCAUGGAUGAAUCGGUCAUUAACGGGGCCACAUUGUUCUACCCCAAGGCAUUUGGAGUCGACAGAAUGAAUGAGCCUGAGCUCAUUGAAGGCUUGGUCAAUUCGGCGCCUUACCUCUGCGCCUCCGUCAUUGCGUGCUGGAUGUCAGAUUUGUGGAACCGCAAUUUGGGCCGUAAAUGGACCAUCUUUUGGACGUGCGCUAUAUCUGCUGCUACGUGUAUCUGGCAAGGUUUUACCAACAACUGGUGGCAUUUGUUCUUGGCCCGUUUCUUUCUCGGGUUUGGUAUUGGAAUCAAAAGUGCAACUGUCCCUGCUUAUGCUGCAGAGUGCAGUCCCAAGCACAUUAGAGGAGCAUUGGGGCUGAUGUGGCAAUUUUUUACAGCUUUUGGGUAUGUUAUUGAAAAGAAAAAAAAAAAAAAAGACAAAGAAUGUUUUUUAAAGUUCAGUACUAACAUCUACCUAUAGAAUCAUGUUGGGCUACGUUGCCUGUUUGGCAUUUUAUUACGUGCCAAAAAAGAGUUUUGGAACAGGUUUGAACUGGAGAGUAUGUAUAACGUGA